GGGACACCCCCGGCCCCGGGACACCCCCCCCGUGCCAUCACCGGGACAACCCCCGGAUAUCCCUCCCUGGGACCCCCCCCCCCACUGCUGGGGGCCACCCCCGGGGCCACCCCCACGACCCCCGGGGCCACCACCCGCGACACCCCGUCCAUCCCCCUGCCCCUAUUCCCGGUGUCUCCUGUCCCCGUUCCCGCUGUCCCCUGGGUUCCUCCAGCACCGGGAAUCCCCCGGACCCCCCCGUGUCCCUUCCCUGGGGUCUCCCCCGUGUCGUGUCCCCUCUCCCCCUCCCCAUGGAGAACUUCCAGAAGGUGGAGAAGAUCGGGGAGGGCACUUAUGGGGUCGUGUACAAGGCCCGCAACAAGGUGACGGGGGAGGUGGUGGCUCUCAAGAAGAUCCGCCUGGACACGGAGACCGAGGGUGUCCCCAGCACGGCCAUCAGGGAGAUCUCCCUGCUCAAGGAGCUCAACCACCCCAACAUCGUCAAGCUCCUGGACGUCAUCCACACGGAGAACAAGCUGUACCUGGUGUUCGAAUUCCUGCACCAGGACCUCAAGAAGUUCAUGGACUCCUCAUCCCUCAGCGGGAUCGCGCUGCCCCUCAUCAAGGUGGGCCCUAAACCCCCCUGGGGGGCACACUGGGGGUGCCAGGGGGGUUUAGGGACACCCUGGGAACAUCCCAAGGGACCCCAAUGUCAGCCCAGGGGGGUCUGGGGUCCCUCUGGGGCACAUCCUGGUGUCCCCAACAUCACCCCAGGGGGGUUUAGGGACUCCCUGGGCACCCCAAUAGGGACCCCAACAUCACCUGCGAGGGUUUAA